CUUCGAUAUUGCAAUUAUUGAGUUGGAACAUGAGGUUUAUUUCACCGAUUCAGUUUGUCCCGCUUGUCUGUGGUUGGAAAAAGAUUUUCCAAUGGAACCAAUGAGUGCCAUCAAGUUGGGGUUUGGAGAUUUUUUCGAAAGGUCGAGCCCGAAAUUUGAAAAAGUUACAUUGUCAUUCAUUAAUAAAACCGAAUGCGAGGAACGAAUGCCCCUAAGUGAACGAUCACUGCCAAACGGAUUACUGGAUGAUCAGUUCUGUGCCGGUAGUGACAAUGAGGAUACUUGUGAAGGAGAUUCAGGUACCCCACUUUUUGUCGAACGACAGGAUUUAGAUGGAACAAUUAUUCCUCUCGUAGUUGGGAUUGUUUCUUUCGGAACACUGUGUACUGAUGGGUCAACUGGAGUUUACACACGUGUCGCUUCGUAUAAAGAAUGGAUCGAAAAGGAGAUCCAAUCUAAUUUGAGCUAUUCAGCUUGUAGUCGAAAUGCUCAGAGUCACACCAAACAUCAAACAUAUGGCAACACAGCUGCGAAUCAACAACUUCCUUACCACCGAGUAGAAAUAAUAUCGAACCACACUGACCUGUAUGCAUAUCAUUGCGGAGCCACAAUGGUUGAUUACAAAUUUGCAGUCACCUCUGCCCUCUGCGCUGCAAAAAUACAUGCUCCGCCCAUGUAUAUCUUUGUAGAAUCUACAAAAGAAAUUAUUCCAAUCGACAAAGUUUAUGUCCACCCGCAGUACAGUCAAAACAAACCGGAAAACGAUAUUGCUUUACUACGAUUGACCAAAUAUUUAAAAGGCGAAAUGCCAUUAGUUCCUGCUUGCCUCUACCGAACUGGUGAAACACAAGUCCUGCUGGAUAAGAUAUAUUACACAGUACGGAGUAAUCAGUUUGGCAACCGAACCAGGACCCACACAAUUCGGAUGCAAAUCAAGCAAGACAAUCAAUGUAACAGUUUAAUAAACCAUCUAAACCAUACAAUGCACUGCGGAAGGCAUCAAGUGCCUUUGAUUCCAUCGAUUUGCAAGGUGGAUUACGGUGGUGCCAUUUCACGCAACGUCAGCUCGCCGUGUCUCUACGGAGUGGUGUCUUCAUUGAGUCUUGGGUGCAACUCGGAUUUAUUUGGGACUAAAAUUUCACCUUAUGUCGAUUGGAUUGACCAUAUCAUAUUGAAUAAUUACAGUAAUGAUUUAAACGUUUCUCCGUGAUUUAUUGCUCAGAAUAAAUAACGUUCUGUAGGAGUUCAGGGAACAUUAAUGAUCAACUUUUUGUCUUUUGUAAGAUUUUAGUUAAUUUCGU